ACGGAAAACAAUACCCAUCUGUUAACACGGGAUCGCUCAUGGUCAUAGGUCCCACCCCCAGUAACGCCAGACCCUGUCAGGACCUGCAGUGGACCUCUCCUGCCGACCGUCUUAUCGACUAACUCUCCUGCUCUUUAUCGACGCUGUCUUGUGACCUCACUUUCAUCCAUCCCGACGCCUCUCCUGAGAGUUGCGCCGCCCGCCUCAAAUCCCCAGGCCUUGUGUCAUCGAGAAAGACUGAGAGAGAGAGAGUUGUCGUCCAAACCAACCACACGAACAACCCAGGUGCACCCCUCUCAGGAUGUUUGCACUUUAUUAGACCUGCAUUACAGCGGAGUCUGGUCAACAAGAGUCAUCACCAAGGACCUUGGUGACUGGACAAUCGCAUCGCUGCCUGCCUGACCUGCAGGACCAACCACCAGCUAGGUGUGCUUGGGAUAUCCACCUACAGCCCGAUUGCCCUCUUUGUGCAGGCACAGAAACCCAUCCAAAACCGCCUUGCCAUAUCUUAAAUAUUUUAUUCCCCCUCAGAAGUGUAACAAUGGAUGCAGAUGUCCGGUGGAAUCGAGAGUAAACACUCGCCAAUCCUUGCCAGCACCAUCGCCGCCAUUACCACUGCCACCACCUGCUCCUCUGCCUUCGCAUCCCUCGAAGAGCGCUGGCUUCUGACCUGCAUACGUUUAAAAUUGGCCCUACUGCUCUCAGCCCGAAUGCUACACAAGCUUACGCCGUGAGCAUUGGCCCAACAUGCAUCAACAUCCAAGAC